AAUAUGGAAAGUGACACCAAAAAUAGAACAGAAAGUUGCACCCAAAAGCAAUCUCUUUGUUUUCUCAUUCUUCUCCCAGAAUUUCCCUUUCCCUUUCUCUCUCUCAUUACAAACUUAAUUAAAACGUAAACUUAAAUGUAACAAUUAAAAGAAAUAAAAAUCUUGGAAUCGUAAAAGCUUCUGCAUUUGAAAACCCAGAUUUUGCUUUGCGAUAAUGGAGGUUUCUUUUUUAAGGUCGAAUCAAAGGACAAAACGUUGAAGAAAAGCAAAGGGUUCCCAGACCAGAAUAUAAAUAUAUAUAUGUCAGAAACAAUGGGAGAUUCAGGUCAGGUGCAGAUUGAAGAGGAUAAAGUUUCUCUGGAUGUGAAUAAGAAAAGAGCGGUGAAAACACCAGCCCAGGUUAUAGUUCUUGAGAACUUCUAUAAAGGUUUUUGGUUCUUUUACAGAGGAAAGAUUUCCUUCAGAUGAAAUGAAAGCAAAAUUGGCUGUUCAAUUAGGGUUGACACAAAAGCAGAUAUCUAGUUGGUUUUGUCACAGAAGGUUAAAAGACAAAAGGAGAGAUGACUACUACGCUAAUGGGCAACAUGAUUAUUCUAGUGGUGUUAUCCAGGAUCAUGUUAGCGGGCUCAGGCAAGAUUCUUGUGGCAGUAUUAAGCAGGGAGAUUACAGAUAUAUUGAUCUGAGGGAGGUAGAAAGUCGAAUAAUUCAUGGCCAAGGGUUUCCAGCUGCUGACCUCACAUACGAGCAUAGAAGUCAUCAAUAUCCAUAUGGUGUUCAGAUGGAGGAUCCAUCUUCUGAAAGUAGUCUGUCUUUGCACGAUCAGCUUUUCUUGAAAAGUGGGAAUCCUUAUGACAUGCACAUUUCAGCUAAUCCUACACAAAAUGGAGCAAUUGUGCAGACAAACUUGAGUUCUAAAAGCGUAGGUUAUAAGCCAUCUGGAUAUUUGAAGGUUAAGGGUCAAAGUGAGAAUCCUGUUAUUACUGCUGUCAAGAGGCAGAUGGGAAGGCAUUAUCGAGAAGAUGGUCCAGUGCUCGGAAUUCAAUUUGAUCCACUUCCUCCAGGUGCAUUUGAGUUCCCAAGUAGCCAUCCAGUCAAUGAGCCAAUCAAUAUUAGCGAUUCCCGACAGCCCCAUUGUUUAGAUAUCUCUGGAGUGAUGAAGCAGUCGAAGCCUAAGAUUAUAAAUGAAGUACAUAAUACCAUGUUGAGUUUUCAGGACUCAUACAUGGAGGGUGCAAACUUUAACACUGUGCAUGGGUCCAAAAGACAGGACUGGAGAUGUCAUCAUCAACCGAAAUAUAAGCCUUCUUUUUCUUGUUCGAACCCCUUUCCCGACAAGGACUUUCCUUUAGAUAUCUACAAAGGUUAUGCUGACAAACCUGCUAUCAGUGAUUGCAAACGAAGUUGGAUGAGCUCUAAGCUUGUGGUUGAAAGGAUGGUGCCGGAUUCUUGUUCUAACCAUCCUGGUCCCUAUGGUAGGAAAAUUACUAAUGAACAAAAAAUUCCUGGGUUACAUGAUGCUCAUCAUAUCCACAUGGACCCCAAAGCCAAAAACCUGCCUAAAACUUCAAGUGUCGUACGCGCGUGCAGUGAGUCCUUGGGUAAUGAGAGAGGGCCAUUUGCAAGGAUGGAAAAGGUGGAGAACGUUGGUGGAGAAUGGAAGCUGAGAAAGGAUUACCCUGUCAGAGUAAAAAUUGAUGCAACAAAUGAACUGAGAGUUGCUAAACGGGUCGAUCUUGAAUUUCCUCAAGAAGAUUUUGUGGCAAAUGCAUCACAUGCCAGAUUGCGUCUGUUGACAAAUCCAAGUAAAGGACCUUCCAUGGAUGUACCGAGUAGCUUCAGUGGGGAUGAAACUGCAGAAACUAGUUUAUCCUCUCGGAUUGACGAUGCAUAUGGUUGAGAAGAUUGCUUUUGUACUGCUGGAAAAAGAGCGAAGGUCUUCAAGCUUACUAACUAGAAAAGCAGUGGUAGGAAGAACAUUGGGGUAGGACGGUGUUUUUGUUCAUUGUAUUUUGUGUUUAGAUAGAUAGUGGUCAGCUGUUAAUAUAUGUGUAAACUUUUUUUGAUUUUGUAGUUAAUUAAAUGCUUUGUGAUUGUGAAGGAUAGCAGUGAUGAAUUUUUCUGGUGAAUCCACCAAGGGCGAAUGAAUGUUACUCUAUCCCCUUGGUAUCAAUAUUACAAUGUCUAAGUACGAUACCUAUUCAACUUAGACAAAGAUGUUAAUUUGAGUUUAA